CUUUGGCUUGGUUUUUCGAUUAUAGAUGCUAAUUCGAACAGCUGUUAGGUGACAGAAUCAAAUUAUUUACAAAUUGUUGGUUUAUUCAAUAAACAAAUUUUUUGUUGCCCGAUUCGGAUAAAGUUAAAAAAUUUACAAUUACAUACAUAAAGUAUGGAUGUAUGUCGUAUCUGCGCAGGAUCUAAGCAUCUGAAAUGUUUUCAAGGCAACGAGCAGUUGACAGAAUUAUUGAAAGUUUGCGCCAACGUAACGGUAAAAGAAGAUGAUAUCUUACCAAAGCAUAUCUGUGAACAGUGCGAGUUUGGGUUGCGUUUCUCAUACAGUCUCCGGAAACAAAGUGAAGCAACGGAGAGGCGUCUACGGCAAGGAAUGGUAAUGCCAGCUAUUAGUACCACCGCUCAUGUUCAAGAUACGAUUGUUUUGGAUGAUGAUGAACCGGAACCGCCCUCAUUGACUGUAAACAGCAACAGCCAAGAGCGAACAGCAUCCGAUUUGAGUAUAAAUAUUUGCACUUCAACAAAUGAAGUACGCGAAGAUUAUUCCACUGCAAAUGCGGUGCCAUCGGCACAGGAAAUACUUGCAGCUAAACGUUUACGACUGGAUAUUGAUGACCAGCAGGUAAUAGCCGAAAAGCGUAUACAAUUGGAGUAUGAUGCGCAAGGCCUGGAUGAAUAUACGAAUGAAGAAAUACAAUUAGACGAAGAAGUGGAGAACGCACAUUUUGAUUUGAAUGAAGCGAUGAACGAUUGCGAUGAUGUGAUUGAACUAAUCGAUGAUGAUGAUUCGCUUAUGUUAGAAUCACCACGGGAAGAAAAUCCACAAGAAAGCGACUAUGACAAGUUGAAUGCAAAUGAUGGUCAAACCCAGGACUUAAUUGAAGAAAUAUUGUCGUCGGGUGAUGACGAGGCAAAUCGAAAAGAAUUCGAUGAAAAUGCAACUGUAGAGUUGAAGCCUCAAGGAGGUCAAGCGGAUAUAGUGUAUGAGACUUUAGAUGAUGACGGUGAAGAAUCAAUUGAUAUCGACGAAUGUCAAAUAGAUUUUACGAAAGAAGAGCGCGAAGAUGACGAUUGCGAUACGUAUUUGGAAAAUGAAUCGAAUAAAACACAGGAAACUGAGGUCGCAAUGGAUGACGGCGAUUCUAGUUCACAAGAAAAGCAAGCGGAACAAGAAGAGGAAGUAGCUAGUGGGACAACGUUUAAAAUGCACAAAGGAAAGGUCUUAUCCUACAACUGCGACACCUGUAAUUUGGAUUUCGAUUCACAUCGAGAAUAUCGCGACCAUAUAAAAACGCAUGGUGAUAAACGUUUUUGUUGCAAGCAAUGCGACAAGUGGUUCCCACACAUUUCUCGACUUGAAAGACACGCAAAAUCACAUAAAAUGGAUGGCGAGCGACUGUCGUGCCCGCACUGCGACCGCACCUAUCGAUCACGUGACAACUUGACACGACAUCUGCGUAGUGCACACGACGUAAAUACUGCGCUAUGUCCCGUUUGCGGCGAGGCAUUUGGACGCGGUGAUAUUCUGAAGAACCACAUGGCCACUCACUCAAACGAUCGCGAAUAUCAGUGCGAUAAAUGUCCCAUUCGAUUCAAAACGAAAAUCUCUUUCACUAAGCACGUUCGUAUGCACGCAAAAGUUGAGGAUGUGGAAAAAUCAAAACCUGACGAUGAUACGACGGCGAAAAAGUCCUUCUGCUGUCACUUUUGUGGCAAGAUAUCCAAACACUAUUUUACCCACAAAAUGCACAUGCGCAUACAUGCGCACGAGCGGCCUCACAAGUGCGACGCAUGCGGUAAAUCAUUUUGCACUGUGGCCGCGCUAAUCACGCACGAACGUAUCCACGACAACGUGCGGCCAUAUCAAUGUGAACACUGUCUGCUCUCCUUUCGACAGCAGGCGCAUCUGAAGGAGCAUCGCAUGAUACACGAAGGUAUUACGCCACAUGUCUGUAGUAUUUGUAAACUGGCUUUUACGAAAAAGAACAAUAUGCUGGUGCAUAUGCGCAUUCACUCGGGAGAAAAUCCGUACAAGUGCGUCAGUUGUGGUGAACAAUUUAAGAAAUCAGCGCAGCUACGAAAACACAAUAAAUCUGUGCACAACAAAGAAGUUGAUGAUCAAGUUAAGGAAACCGAGAAGUUAGAUAAAGCUGGGAAUGACGAAGAAGUUAAAGAAAAAGAAGACGAAGAAGAAGAGGAAGAAGAAGGAGAGGAAGAAGAAGGAGAAGAAAAAGGGGAAGACGAACAAGAAAAUCAGCAAGAAAAUCUGCACGAAAAUGAUCAUAAUAGUCGCUUUGCUGAUUUAGCUUCAGAGCAGCUGUUCAGCGACAGCAAUAGUCUUGAGGUAAUAGAAGCGGAAAAUGGGCCAGCCAUACAAGAGGGCAUUGCCGCAGAAAUAUCUGACGUGACGAAGAGUGCUGAGCUGGUUUCAUCUAUUAGCAAUAAUUUUUCGGAUGAUUUUAAUGUCGAUGAUGACAAUGGUGUUGUACUGGUAGUGGACGACAACGCUAAAUUCAAUAGCCUGUUUAUAAUGGACGAUUAAUAUUUAUGUGCACAUUAAUUUACUAUAUAGGCCUCUUCUUUUCGCCAAGCGUUCGCAAGUGGCGAAUAGAUGCAGCAACUGGUUAAAAUAAACAUAUCUGGGCAGCGCUGGAAUAGAGCGGCCUGAAAUUCCA